GGAGGGGACGCAAGCAGUGCAGAACCCGGAUGCUGAUGCUGCUCGUGUCGGAUGGGGAGAAGCAAUACAGGGCGAGUGAGAGCUAAAAAACAGAGAAAGGCCCCGCUGACAGAGGGACUGCUAUCCUCGCGGCCACAAGGCAAGAGAAGCGAACGGAUUAAAGCCAGGCGGCUCGAGAGGAUGACUCCGCUCGCGGUGUCCGAGGCGACGGGAGGAGAGAGCGAGGAGAUGCUGUGAUGCGCCGCACAUAGCCAGCGCGAGCGCGAGCGAGCGCGAGGGAGGGGAGAGGAGAGGGAGAGGACGCUCCUACGCUAGUUAAAGAUGCUCGCUUUUUGACCAGGAAUGUAUUCCGCGCGAAUAAAGCCAGGGAUUUCUGCGCAAACACUAUAGCUUGCAAUAGCGCAAUGCACUCUUGGAUUAAUUGACGGAUUCAUGUGACGGAAGACGCAGAGGCUUUCUUUCCCGAAAGGGUGGCUGUUUUCUCUCCCGUACAGUUCUCCCAUAUUUCCGGAUGUGAGGCCUGGAAGAUACCGUAGUUUAUAUCAGGCACGGGACGCUCAUCCUUUGCAUCCAAACAUUUAUUAAAACAAAACGAAUCAUUGUGAAGAGUCAGUGACAAAAGAAAGGGACUUAGAAUAAUACGCGUAAGGUGUCACAAACCGGAUGCGCGGUUCUUUCGCAGAAUAAAUGUGGCCAAGUUUUUAAUUAAUAAAUAGGUCAAUUGCAGUUUGACAAUAACGGGAGGCUACACGAAUAUUUAUUUUAAAGAUAAAAAACCGGCGAAAAUAAACCGAUGAUUGAACCAGGCUACCUAAUACCUAAUGAUCAUAAUCAUUGUAGUGUCGUUCGCCGCUAUUAUCUGAUCUAGUCCUAGUAUCUUCCCUUAUACUGACAGAUUUAAUCGUGUCCCCUCAUCAUUCUUCAAGCAGCAGCUGCAACCACAGGCCGUGCAAAUCGCAAUAACAGCUACAGUUUGGCGUGUAGGCUCGUCUGGACACGCAUUUCUCUGUUCACUUUUGAUAUUUUCUAAAGGAACAUGUUACCGAUCCGUUUCCACGAAGUUUAAGGAGUCACGGCAGAUGUUUGGGAGUAGGCCACGGCACUGACAGCACGCCUCAGCAUCCCUGUGUCAUCGCUCACCGUCUGUGAUGUCUGUACGGCGGAGCUAUUGCGUGAGCAGGACAGACGCCAGUGGAUACAUUGUGAGAAUACACUGAUUACCCCCUUUAUAUUGAGACACGAAACCGCGGUCGAACGAAAUGUCCAGCAAGGAGUUGUCUGGGAGUCAGGCAGCUCAGUACGUCGGGCCCUACCGACUGGAGAAGACGCUGGGGAAGGGCCAGACAGGUCUGGUGAAGUUAGGAGUUCAUUGUAUCACAGGACAGAAGGUGGCCAUAAAGAUAGUUAACAGAGAAAAGCUAUCAGAGUCUGUUCUUAUGAAAGUGGAGAGAGAGAUAGCUAUUCUUAAACUAAUAGAGCACCCUCAUGUCCUAAAACUGCAUGAUGUGUACGAGAAUAACAAAUAUCUGUAUCUAGUGCUGGAACAUGUAUCUGGUGGGGAGCUGUUUGACUACCUGGUAAAGAAAGGCAGAUUGACCCCUAAAGAGGCUAGAAAGUUCUUCAGACAAAUCAUAUCUGCUCUGGACUUCUGUCACAGUCACUCUAUAUGUCACAGAGAUCUUAAGCCUGAAAACCUCCUGCUGGAUGAGAAGAAUAAUAUCAGGAUUGCUGACUUUGGCAUGGCCUCCCUACAGGUUGGGGACAGUCUACUGGAGACCAGCUGUGGAUCACCCCAUUAUGCAUGUCCUGAGGUCAUCAGGGGAGAGAAAUAUGAUGGACGUCGGGCAGAUGUGUGGAGCUGUGGGGUUAUUCUCUUUGCUCUGUUGGUGGGAGCGUUGCCCUUUGACCAUGAUAACCUGCGUCAGCUGUUGGAGAAGGUGAAGAGUGGAGUAUUUCAUAUGCCUCACUUCAUUCCUCCAGACUGCCAGGCUCUCCUCCGUGGCAUGAUUGAGGUCAACCCUGAGAAACGUUUCACGUUGGAAGAAAUACAAAAGCACCCUUGGUAUCAAGGGGGCAGGAACGAGCCGUGUCCAGAGCAGCCACCCCCGAGGCGUGUGUGUGUGAAGAGGAUUCUGUCUCUUACAGAUCUGGACCCUGAUGUUCUGGAGAGCAUGCACUCCCUGGGCUGCUUCAGAGACCGUGUCAAGCUCACCAGAGACCUGCAGUGUGAAGAAGAAAACCAGGAGAAGUUGAUCUACUAUCUUCUGUUGGACAGAAAAGAGCGCUACCCUAGUUAUGAAGAUGAACAUCUUCCACCCAGAAAUGAUGUUGAUCCUCCCCGUAAGCGGGUGGACUCGCCCAUGUUGACCCGUCAUGGGCGCUGUCGGCCGGAGAGAAAGAGUCUGGAGGUACUGAGUGUGACAGAGCAGGGCUCUCCAACACCUCCCCGCAGAGCACUGGAUACCUCUGCACAUAGCCAGAGGUCUCGGUCAGUUAGUGGAGCUUCAACCGGCCUCUCAUCCAGUCCCCUCAGCAGCCCCCGAAGCCCAGUUUUCACUUUCAGCCAAACUGAAGUCACCUCUGCUUCCACCACCCAGUCCAAAGACCCCAAAGCAGGAAGUUCGACCACAGCCCGGGUGUCCCAACGCGUUCCUGACCAAAAAACCCAGACCUUACCCUCAAAAGCAGCCUCUGACCGUCCCCACCUGCAGUCUAUGAAGUCACUCUCCCACUGCAGACUCCCUCCGUCUCCCUCGCCCUCCCCCUCUCCACUCCUGUCCCCCAUCCCUCGCUUCUUCUUCCCUGCUCCUUCUGUCCUGAAGUCUGUCACUAAGACCAUCUAUCCUAACACUUCCCAUGUGUCGCAGGUCACCCCACAGGGCUCCCCACUCCCCACCCCUCUGGGGACCCCUGUGCACCAUCCCCAGCACCCCCCUCCCACCCCGCCCUCCUCCUCCUCGUCUUCUUCCUCCUCACGAGCUGAAGGAGGUGGUGGUGUGGGCGGUGGUUCCAUGUCCUUAACCCCACCCUCCAGUCCUGGGGGAAGUGGUGGAAUGGCUGCCAGUAGUUCAGCCCACUGGAGGACACGCCUCAACUCCUUCAAGAACAACCUGCUGGGUUCGCCACGCUUCCACCGCCGAAGGCUACAGGUUCCUACGUCAGAAGAUAUGUCCAGUUUAACUCCAGAGUCCAGCCCAGAGCUGGCAAAGAAGUCGUGGUUUGGAAAUUUCAUCAGUAUGGAGAGGGAAGAGCAAAUAUUUGUGGUGAUCAGAGACAAACCACUAAGCUCCAUCAAGGCUGAUAUUGUCCAUGCCUUUCUAUCAAUUCCCUCCCUGAGUCACAGUGUCAUCUCUCAGACAAGUUUCCGGGCGGAGUACAAGUCCUCCGGAGGUCCAUCUGUCUUCCAGAAACCUGUCAAAUUUCAGGUUGACAUCGCCUUCUCUGAAGGAGAGAGAGAACGAGAGAGGGAGAAAGAGAGAGAAAGGGAGGGAAGGAGGGAGACUGGCAUCUACAGCGUCAAGUUAUCACUAUAA